AUGGCCCUGGAUAUGAUGAAAGAUCUGAACCUAGAGUGCUCCGUGACACGCUCUGAAACAGAUGAAGUGGGUGGAGUUCUCCUUCAAAAAAGAGUGUGUGACAGAUGGGAUCAAAUCUGGAACUUCAGAGCCAGACCUGAUUAUCUGCUCAUCGCAACCUAUGCAAAAGCAGGUACAACAUGGAUACAGGAGAUUGUGGAUAUGAUCCAACAUGAUGGAGACAUUGAGAAAUGUAAACGUGCCACCACUUAUCUGCAACACCCUUUCAUUGAGUGGGUUCUUCCUGGACCUUUCAGCUCUGAUACAAAUGUCUUGGAACUAGCUGAAGCGAUGUCCUCCCCACGAGCACUGAAAACUCGUCUCCCUGUACAACUGGUGCCUCCAUCCUUCUGGGAGCAAAAGUGUAAGGUAACCUAUGUGGCAAGAAAUGCAAAAGACACCCUGGUGCCAUACUCCCAUUUUCACAGAAUGAAUUAAAACAUGCCUGAGCCAGGAACCUGGGAGGAGUUUCUGGAGAAAUGCAUGGCUGGACAAGUGCUUUGGGGUUGCUAGUAUGAUCACAUAAAAGGAUGGUGGGAAGCAAAAGAGAACAACUGUAUUAUCUACCUCUUCUAUGAAGACCUAAAGGAGGAUCCAAAGCGUGAAAUCCAAAAGGUGUUACAGUUCCUGGAGAAGGACUUGGAGAAUGCGGUUCUAGAUAAGAUCAUCCACCACACAACAUUUGAAAUAAUGAAGGACAACCCCAUGGCAAACUACACUUUUCAGCCUCCUGCAGUAAUGGACCACUCAAUCUCACCAUUCAUGAGAAAAGGUACUGUUGGAGACUGGAAGAACCACUUCACAAUGGCACAGAAUGAGAAAUUUGAUGAAGAUUAUAGGAAGAAGAUGGCUAGAACCUCUCUGACCUUCCGCAUGGAGCUCUGA